AUUGUCGGAGGCUCAGAGCCGCGUGGUCCCAUUAGGCAACGGGAUUCUGACCUUGUCACAGGAUGACCACAAAUCCUGACUUGCCUCCUCGAGCAGCGCAACCGGGCGAUAUCAUCUACACCACCAACCUCGAAAUCGAAAGUGCACAGUAUCCGAACCAACCUGAGAUCUUGUGCGCUGCGUACCUGCGUUCUGUGACCGUGAUCGAGAGCAAUGUCCACGAUGGAUUUUUCUGAUGCUUUCCGACUUGUGAAUCUGGGUGUUGGUGCGCUGAUGGCUGUGGGUGGAAUUUGGCAUAUCUUCCCGCAUCACUACAUCUCGGACAUCAUUGUUGGGAUUUAUGUUCUACUUUUUGGUCUCGCGAUCGCGUUGCUAGAGUUCCAAAUCCCACCGCAAAUCUCCCGCUAUGCAAGCUUUCUCUUCUCUUUCAUCGGCCGAGGAAUCUUCUACAUCUUCUGCGGCUCCAUCCUCCUCGAACACAACACCAUGGACAUCAUCUUUGGCACCAUAAUUGGGAUAAUUGGCGUGGCCUAUGUAGUCCUCGAGUUUAUCCCGUCCAUCGAGCCACCGCAGAAUAUGCGCGAAGCGGACGGCGGAUGGGGUGCUGAGCAGGUGUAAUCCCCCUCCCUAAAUCGCUCGUGCCCUUACUCUCUGUCUCUAUAAGCUCUCGAAUGAUUGUGCAUACAACGGCAAGGAAGGAUGGAGGCGGUGUUUGGGAAGGAUUCGAUUUCUUGGCAUGGAUGGGUGGGGUCUUGCUGAAAUUUGGAGGAAAGGAUAUGAAUGAGGAGAAUGGAAGGGAAGGAAAGAAGGAAGGAUGGAUGGAUGGAUGGAUGAUACGAUAUGAAGAUAGAGAGUGCCCUUCUUUUCCUUGCGUUUGUACCAUAUUCGGUUUCUUCCUAUGCAAGCACGAAGUGCCCCACGACGCCUAUCCUUGUAUUCGCAAUAUUUGCCUCUUAUUCCGUUGAAAUUGCCCAGAUUCGCCGAUCCCAGGCAGCUGGAAAAGGACUGCAAGCCCGUAUAUCUACCUAAUGCCUGUACAGCAAAUUCUUAGCGGUGGAAUAUCUUGGG